AUGGUUAUGAGGUUUAUUUUCUAAAGGGUUUAAAUUAAAAAUAUUUUUAUAGCUUUUGUUUUACAUGGUUUAUAACAAAUCGAUGAAGUUAUUGAAUGCUAUGAUUAAGCAAUAGCAAGAUUUCAAAAUCACAAAGAAAUCUAUCUUGAAAAAGGUAAUUUAUAACUCAAUUUAUAUAGCAACUUAUUUAAAUUAAUUGUAUAAGUUUGAUCAAGCAAUCAAAUGCUACGAUCAUAUCAUUAAUUAAUUUCCUCUUGAUUGUAAUGUCAUUUUAAAAAAGGGUAUUAAUGAUUAUAAGUUAAUAGGUUAAAGCUUAAUUUCUUAACAUAAAUAUUAGAUGGCAUUGGAACUUUAUGAUGAAGCAAUUGCAAAAAUAGAAAAGAACUUAGAUUUAUUAAUUGCCAAAGGUAUUCUCUAUGAUAAUGUGAUUAGCUUAGCUUUUAGAAAAUUUGCAUCUUUAUGAUACAGCUAUGACAUGUUAUGAAUAAGCAAUUAAAUAAUUUCCAUAUAAAUUUGAAUCCUAUUACUAUUAAGGUAUUUUUAUAAAUAAAUUUAGGCGAAUUUUUAAUUAAAUGGAAUAAGUAUAUUCAGGCAGUUGAGUCUUACUAGAAAGCUCUUUAAUAUUCUCCGAAUAAUCAUUAAAUUUACAUAAAAAUCAGUGAAUUUUAUAUCUAUUUGAUUUAGUUACUACUUUAAUUUAGAUACAAAGAAAAGCAGAAGCUAUUUCACUUUUCAAAGAAGCAUCUCUAAAAUUUCCCUAUGAAUUCAAUAUACAAAUAAUUCUAUGUAUAAAGAUUUCAUUAUUUAGUCUCACAAAUAAUCUAUUCAAUUAAUUUGUUUGAAGCAAUAGAACAUCAAAAUCUGAUUUUAAGACAUGAUGCUAAUAACCAUUUACCAAAUUUAGCAAAAGGUAUCAGUUUAAUAGUUAUAUUUUAAGGCAUUAUCCUAGAUUUUUAGGCUCAUAAAUAGGAAGCAAUAGAACAAAUAGAUAAAGCAAUUAUUUUAAACCCAUACUUUACAUUUUCAUAUAUAGAAAAGAGUAAGAAAUUAAUAAAAUUAGGUAAAUCGAUAUAUAACAUUUAUGAAAUAAAUGAAAGUAUUGAAUGUUUAGAUCAAGCUCUUUUGAUAGAUCCUUAUAAUUCUUAAAUUUAUAUAGAAAAAAGUAAAGUUUUCGUAGAUUGAUUUAUUAGCUAAUAUCUUAAUUGAUGCAUCUAGAUAUGCUGAGGCAUUAAUUUGUUUAAAAAUAGCAAUGGAGAGAGCAUAAUAUGAUGAAAAUAUUGUUAAAAUUCAAGGUACUUAAAUAUAAAAUACUAGCUUAAACAAUAAAAAAUAGUGAAUUAAAAAUCAAUAUCAUAGAGUGUUAUGAUGAAGCCUUAAAAAAGAAUCCAUACCAAAUUGAAUUAUAUUGUUGUAAAGGUAAAACAAAAAAUUAUAAAAUAUAGGAUAAGUAUUAUUCAAUUAAAUGGAAUAUGAAAAAGCUAUAAAGUAUUAUGAUUAAGCCAUUCAAAUGAACCCAUUUUAUAUUGAAGCAUAUUUAUAAAAAGGUAAUAUUUUAAAAUAAGAAUAGCAAAUCAAUUACAGUAAUUAAAGUAAUAUGAUUAAGAAAUCUCUCAAUAUGAUAUAGCAAUAUCGAUAGAUCCUACCAAUUCUUAAGUUUACUAGAAAAAAGGUGAAUAUUUAUUUAUAUGACAGCAUUUUCUUUAGCAAAUAUAAAUAGAUUAGAAGAAGCAAUUUAAUGUUUUGAUAAAGGAAUUAAAUAUAAUCCAAAUAAUAAAGAAAUUUAUUUAUAAAAAGGUUGGAGUAUUAUUUCAUAUAAUAGCUGAAUUUUUAAGUAUAUAUGAUAAAAGAAAAGAGGCUAUCUAAUAAUGUUUUAGUGAUGAAAUAUUGGCAUUAAUAAAUGAUCCUUAACUCUAUCAUAAGAAAGGUAAAAUCUAUUAAUACAUAGCUUCAUUGUUACUAAAAGAGGAGAAAGCAUAUGAAGCUAUGCAAUACUAUAAUAUAAUUUUAGCCAGAUUUCCUGAAAUGACAAAAAGUCUUAGAUUUAAAGGUAAAAAAAGAUAAAAAUUUUGUUUUAGGAAUUUGUUUAUUUUUAUAGUAAGAUUUUAGAAAAGUCAUUUAAUAUAUAAGAUUAUUUUCAAUAUUAGAUAAUUAAUCAAAUUAUUCAGUAUAAGAGAUUAUAGAAAAUUUUUGA